CAAAAUCUUAACUUAACUUAUCUAAUCUUAACUUGUUGCAUUCAUUCAAGAAGGUGCGACAUCCUCGUGUAAACAGCUAAGCACAGUGCUCAUACAACUCAGCAGAGGAUCUCUGUGCCGUGGAUUUAAACACUCGAACCACACCAAAAAGAUGUCUAAAUCACCGCCUCCGGUGGCCCCGAGAAAGCAUUCAGGAGUCCGAGUCAUGAUGGUUCCAGGAGUGCAGCCUCUUCCUGGUGUCCUGCCCAUCUUCAAAGGUAUACAUCUAUCUAAUGGUGCCAGUAGGGAGUCAAAUUAUACUCGAUUGAAAGCAGAGAGAGAAGUGGAGAUUAUGAACCACUGCUUUGACGACGUGGAGCGAUUCAUGUCCCGCUUGCAGCAGACCGCUGAGGCCCAGAGUGUUCUCAACCAAAGGAGGAAGAAGAAAAGCAGAAAGAGCAAGAAGAAGAAGGAGGACCAAGGUGAUGAUUUGUUGACCCUGAAAGCUUUACCUCCAUCAGAGGAAGAAUUUGUGGACAUCUUUCAGAAAAUCAAGUACUCCCUCGAUCUACUGGACCGUCUCAAGUCAUCCAUCGCACAGCCUGAUGCACCAGAGCUUCUGCAUCCCAUCUUUGUGCCUCUUAGUCUGAUGGUGAAAACCACUGGAGGACCAGCGUUAGGAGCGUUGGUUGUCAGUCCUGCUAUGACCAGCGGGGCUGUUUCACUGCUCCAGGAGCAUCUGGCUGAAGGGGAAAAGGAGCUCUGGACUUCAUUAGGGCCCAACUGGACUUCACCCUGUUCGCACCUCAGCGUGUCUGUUCCUCCAUACUCACCUGUUUUCCUGGAUGGGUGGCAGCCACAGGCCUAUGACUCAACCGGGCAGCUUUUCGAAGAUCCUAUCGAGUCUCAGCACAAACAAGAUGCUUUAAGGGAAAGUAGGGAGGCACGAACUCUACAGGACCAAGCUCGACAUACAGCGGAGGGCCCUGGGGAAGUAGAAGAAAAUGGGCUCCCGCCAGAGGGAGAGAGACUUUACUGCUGCAGUUAUGACUUUGUGGCUAGAAACAGUAGUGAACUAUCUGUGCUACAAGGAGAAACACUUGAGGUCAUUGAGUCAUCGAAGCGAUGGUGGAAGUGUCAGAAUCGCUUUGACCAGAUUGGAUUUGUCCCCUCUAAUAUCCUGGAGCCUCUGUCUGCUCUGAAUAACACUGGGAGAAACAGCCAAGUGGUACGCACAGAACAGAAGAUGGCAUUUACCCCUCGGACAAAGUGCUUCUCAUACGCUGCACCAAGCUCAGUUGGGACAAGUCCUACAAGCCCAAUGCGACCACAGAGCAUGUUUUUACCAUCUACAACGAUGCAGGGCGAAGACAGUGGCCAAGCCAUGAUAAUGAAUGACGAGCUUCUUCAGAGGCUAGCUGAGAAAAGAGGCUCAAACCGUCGGCUGGUGGUCCCCCGCUCAGCUGACACUUCUACUCCCCUGAACUACCACUCACCGUCUGCCGAGGUGGAGGCCUGGCUCACCGCUAAGGGCUUCAAUCAGCAGACAGUUCAGAGUCUGGGCAUUUUAAAUGGAGCACAGCUUUUUUCCCUGAACAAGGAGGAGCUCCGCACGGUGUCACCAGAGGAAGGUGCAAGAAUCUACAGCCAAAUUACGGUGCAGAAGGCCCUUCUCGAGGAUGUGCGCAAAGCCACAGAACUAGAGACGGCGAUGGAGAAGCAAAAGCUGAAGAUUACCCUGAACUGAGAGAGCGAUGUAGAAUGAGGGAAACAUCGUUACAGAUACGGUAUCAAACAUCAAUGGAGAUAACUGUAGUAUUCAUAUACAGCUGGAUGCACACAGUGAUGUUGCAGAUGUUUUAAAAAAUAUUUUAAUCAGUUAUAUUAUGAGCUACAGAUUCAUUAAGCAUGCUGUGUUAUGAACUCACUCACUAAU